AUGUCAAAAACACGAGUCGCUCCUGUGAAAACACAUACUAUUCCUAGAUUGGAAUUAUGUGGAGCUCUACUACUGUCAAAGUUGUAUAAAGUUAUUAUACCUCUGUUUGGAAAAAGUAUCUCCAAUGUAAGACUGUGCUCUGACGCAAAGUUGGUGUUGAACUGGCUAAAAACGCCAGCUUACAAGCUCAAGACUUAUAUAAGCAAUCGAGUUACACAAAUACUCGAAUUAACCUCUCCAGAAAACUGGUUUCAUGAACCUACUGAAUCGAACCCAGCUGAUUUAGCCUCAAGAGGGCUUGCUGCACAAGAUAUUGUUGAAAACUCACUCUGGUGGAACGGACCUCCAUCUCACCAUGUCCAAUUCAAGGAUUUGCCAAUCUCAAGGGUCGACAAAAUUGUUGAUGAGUCUGAACUGAAGCCAUCAGUGUCAAUUCUCACUACUACUGUAGUAAAUAAACCACACGCUCUUGAAUGUUUCAAGAAAUACUCCAAUAUACACAAGGCAACACGUGUAUUUGCCUAUGUGUUGCGAUUCAUAGAAAAUUGUAAACUGAAAAAAGUAAGGGAACACAAUCUUCGCAGCCAUACAGCACUACGCGCUCGCGCUGCUCCACCUCCGCCGUCUGUUGCCGAGUGUCGAUCGGCUCUCUUGUGUAUCGUGAGGUUGACACAGGCCUUCUAUUUUGCGGAAACAUUGAAGCUUCUCAGCAAGGGAGAAACUCCACCUCAAGAACUGCUCUCUAUUUCGCCUUUCGUCGAUUCUUCCGGUCUUCUCAGGGUGGGUGGACGCCUCCGCAACUCCAGCCUUCCGUAUGACAGCCGUCAUCCACUCUUGUUGCCAAAGUUAUCUCAUUUAAGCACUCUGAUUUGUGAUCAGACUCACAGAGAUAAUCUUCACGUCAGACCUCGCACAACUCAGUCACUAGUGGCUCGCAAAUAUUGGAUUAUAUCAGCGCGCAACCUCAUAAGGAGCAGAUUGCAUCAUUGUGUCCGUUGUACUCGCAUGCGAGCUCAACCUCAGCAGCCAAUCAUGUCGGAUCUUUCCCAUUUUCGUGUGAACGCCUCAUCUGUAUUCGUCCAUGUGGGAGUUGACUUCGCUGGCCCCUUCAAUACGAAGUGCAGCUCACUCAAAAAACCGAGAGUGUAUAAGGGCUAUCUUGCAUUGUUCAUAUUAUGCUUAGCGGUGAAAGCUGUUCAUUUGGAAUAUGUAUCGGAGCUGACCACUGAAUCGUUUCUUGCCGCUUUCGAUAGAUUCACAUCCUGUAGAGGCCUACCUUCUCACGUAUACUCUGACAACGGAUUGAACUUCGUUGGAGCUGCUAGAAAAUUAUCAGAUAUCUCGAAAUUCUUGGCUGACAGUGAGACUGACAUUUUUUAUGCUCUUGUACAACGUGAAGUAACCUGGCACUUCAAUCCACCUAGCGCACCCAAUUUCGGCGGUAUUUGGGAAGCAAAUAUUAAAUCAGCGAAAACACUGUUGAAAAUUCAAAUUGGUGAUAAUCCAAUGACAAUGGAGGAAUAUUUCACAGUGUUCUCUCGUAUUGAAUCAAUUAUGAAUAGUCGUCCUCUAUUGGAGCGUUCACAGGACCCCAACGAGACUUCACCUCUGCUGACACCCGGUCACUUUCUUAUCGGCCGACCGUUGCUACAAGCUGUGGAGAUCCCGCUGGAUACUACCACCCCCGUACGGCAGCGAUGGACUCAUCUACGCCGAAUUGUGCAGACGUUUUGGAAUCGAUGGAGUACAGAAUAUCUACAUACGCUCAUGCAGCGAAACAAGUGGAAGACCCCCUCAGAACCCUUGAAAGUGGGUCACAUAGUGCUUAUCAAGAAUACGAGUACCGCGCCCACAUUGUGGCCUCUAGGCAUAGUCGAACAAAUAUUUCCCGGACAAGACCAAGUAGUAAGAGUGGCAUUGAUUCGCACCGCCUGCGGCCACCUCACGCGACCUGUAAACAAACUCAUAGUGUUGCCAAUAGCUUAA